AUGUCGGUCACAACAAUUCCGCUCGAACCCCUCAUAUCGACCGCACGUGCGGAGUCUAGUCACGCCGGCGGAGCCAUGCGAGACGUCCAAUCCGACCGAACACAAUCCGAGAACAAAGGAGCCAUGGGGAUGGAGGUCAGCGAAGGCAAGGCUAUGUCUCCCAUGGAAUUCACUGGGACAUCAUCGUGUAGAGAAAAACGACCUUCGUCCGGCCUUCAUUCCUUGACUGCAGAACACCCGCUUUUCCCACCCAUGCCGUCGUAUGGCCCCCCAUCUGCAUUGCGCAGAAUCCAACACUAUAUGUUCAUCGUCGCCUCGUUCUUUCUGUCGCUAUGCUUUUUGGCGGCCGUAUUUAUCGGGGCCCUAUUCCGCAUAGCAGGAGUCGCAAUCUCGGAAGCUCGUUCACGAUGCAGCGGCCAGAAUCCGGAUACGAGGAGGUCGUUUUAUACGGAGGAACUGGCACGCAGGAAGGCGAGGGCCAACGCCGAUCGGAGGUGGGCUCUGCGCCAACAGAAGAGGGAUAUGGACGAGGAACAGGGGCCUGAAGAAUGCCAAGAAUGCCCGUCCCUGGAAGGAGGCAAGGAUCUCUUGGUUAGUGACGUUGCAUACUAUGCCCGUCGAGUCGGUCUCGACGUGGAAACAUUUCGGGUCCAGACGGAAGACGGUUUCAUUAUCACCCUGUGGCACGUCUUCAAUCCCCAGGAGUAUGAGGCAUUAUCACCAGAAGAGCGACGCGAGCGUGGGCCUGAUGUUUUUACUAAGCCGAGAAUGCCGAAUACAUCCCGUCCACAAUCUAACCGUCGAUAUCCUGUUCUCCUGGUCCAUGGAUUGCUGCAAAAUGCCGGUGCAUUCUGUACCAACGACGAGGAUAGUCUGGCGUUUUACCUCUGCAAAUCUGGAUAUGACGUCUGGUUAGGGAAUAACCGCUGUGGGUCACACCCAGAGCACAUCACUUUGUCGCCCGACGACCCGCGUAUGUGGUCUUGGGACAUUCGACACCUCGGGACGCUGGACCUUGCCGCACUCACUUCACGGGUGCUCUACGAGACUGGGUUCGAGAAACUAGGUCUCGUCUGCCACUCCCAAGGAACCACGCAGACCUUCGUUGCUCUAGCCAAAGACCAUCGUCCCGAGCUGGGCGAAUACAUCUCGGUUUUCUGCGCACUUGCACCGGCUGCAUAUGCCGGCCCGCUUGUGAGCAGACCGUAUUUCCGAUUCAUGACCCUUCUCCCUCCCGCGAUUUUUCGACUCAUCUUCGGAAUCCACUCUUUCAUUCCUUCCAUGAUGACCGCUCAGCAUCUGCUGCCGUCUAGAGUUUAUGGAACCUUAGCAUAUUGGGUGUUUUCCUUUCUGUUCGACUGGUCAGACACGCGCUGGGAGCGUGAUCUGCGCCAUCGAAUGUUCCAGUUCGCUCCAGUGUAUGUCAGUGUUGAGUUGAUGCGCUGGUGGCUAGGAAGUGAGAGCUUCGCAAAACAUAAAUGCAUUUUGUCCACAGAAACUGAGCUCCUCCAUGAGACAAACGUGAACCCGUAUAUGCGAGACGCUGUUUCUGAGCAUGGCGAUGAUCCCCGAGACGCAUGUUUGGGAAGUCCGGCCCCAAUCCCCUGGUAUGGCCCGAAAACACCCCCGUUCGCAUUUUGGAUUGGAGGCUCCGAUGCUCUUGUCGAUGGUCGCCGACUUUUGAAUCGCUUCCAGAGCGGGCGUGAGCCUCAUGUGAGUCUCGUUCAUUCGAAGGUCAUUGAAGAGUAUGAGCAUCUCGAUGUCCUUUGGGCAAUGGAUGCGAUCGAGCAGGUUGGCAGGGAGGUCAACCAGGUUAUUUGGACAAGUAUGCCUGAUGACUCGCGUCAGAUAUGCCGUGCCCCUCGCGGUGUGAACCUAGACAUGGUAGACAUGGGUUAG